AUGGCUGCUGAAUUGGUGGGUGGAGCUUUCCUUUCUGCUUUUCUUCAAGUUCUGUUCGAUAGGAUGGCGUCUCCUGAAGUCAUAGACUUCAUCAGGGGAGAGCGACUGAACCGCCCACUGUUCCAAAAGUUGGAAUCCACCUUGCUGUCCAUCAGUGCCGUGCUGGACGAUGCAGAGGGGAAGCAAAUCGUGAACCACAAUGUAAAGAAGUGGCUUAACGAACUUAAAGAUGCUGUUUAUGAUGCCGAGGACCUCAUGGAUGAAGUUUCAACCGAAGCUUUGCGAUGCAAGCUUGAAGCUGAAUCCCAAACCAGCACCACCAAGGUACGCAAGUUUUUCUCUUCACUAAACCCAUUUCAUAAGAGAACUGAAUCUAAGCUUCUAGAAAUACUCGAGAGGAUUGAGUAUCUUGAAAGACAAAAAGAUGUGCUUUCUUUGAGAGAAGGUUUUGGGGAAAAGUGUUUGAGAAAAUUACCUGCCACUUCCUUGGUGGAUGAGUCGAAUGUAUAUGGGAGGGAUGAUGAUAAAGAAGCUAUAAUGAAGUUGUUGCACACAGAUGAUUCGAGUACCGAUGGGAUUGGGGUGGUUGCUAUAGUUGGUAUGGCUGGGAUUGGGAAGACCACACUUACCCAGAUUGUUUACAAUGACAAUAAAAUGAAGGAAGUGUUUAAGUUUGACCUCAAAGUAUGGGUUUGUGUUUCAGAAAACUUUGAUGUUUUCCGAGUGACGAAAGCGAUCCUCGAGGCCAUAACUGGUUUGAGUUGUGAUGUUGGGGAACUUAAUUUGCUUCAAGUUAAGCUGACUGAUUGUUUGAUGGAUAAGAAGUUUCUUCUAGUGUUGGACGAUGUUUGGAAUGAAAAUUAUGUCCAUUGGGAGGCCUUGAAGAAACCUUUAACUCAUGGAGCUCAAGGGAGCAAGAUCAUUGUCACCACACGAAAUGAAAGUGUUGCCUCGAUUAUGCGCACCGUCCCUUCUUAUCAUCUGAAGCAGCUAGAAGAUGAACAAUGUUGGUUGUUAUUUUCCAAGCAUGCAUUUGGUAAUAAAAGUUCCAGAGAGGACGUAGUGAACCUAGAAAUGAUUGGUAAAGAAAUUGUGAAAAAGUGCCAUGGCCUACCUUUAGCAGCCAAAACAGUCGGAGGUCUCCUUCGAUCCAAAAGGGAUGUCAAUGAAUGGUGUAAUGUGCUGGAGAGCAAUAUGUGGGAUUUAUCAAAUGACGAUGGCAACAUUGCUCCUGCUUUACUACUGAGCUACCAUUAUCUGCCCUCAUAUCUAAAGAGAUGCUUUGCAUAUUGUGCUAUAUUCCCCAAGGAUUAUGAUUUUGAGAUUGAGAAUCUGGUCCUGUUGUGGAUGGCCGAAGGAUUGCUGCCACAACCAACACGAAACAAGAGACCAGAAGAUGUCGGGGUUGAAUACUUCAACAAUCUACGGUCAAGAUCAUUUUUCCAACAAUCAAGUGGCAAUAAAAAGCUCUUCGUCAUGCAUGAUCUCAUUCAUGAUUUAGCCAAAUUUGUGUCCCAAGGGUUCUGCUUGAGUUUAGAAGUUAAUGAUUCUAAUAAAAUCCAAAAGACGGUUCGUCAUUUUUCAUAUGCCAGAACUAGUUAUGAUGAUUCUCAAAAGUUCAAUGCCUUUCAUGAAACCAAGUGUCUGCGCACCUUCCUACCUCUAAACCCCUUUAAUUGGUUUGAAAUACUACCUUAUCCAGUGUAUCAUGAUUUAUUGCCAACAUUAAAAUGUUUACGAGCUUUAUCUUUGUCGAAGUAUGAGAAUGUAACGGAGUUGCCUGAUUCAAUAGGAGACUUGCAACUUCUCCGCUAUUUGGAUCUGUCAUACACUGCAAUUGAGAGACUACCGGAAUCUGUUUGUGCUUUGUAUAAUUUGCUGAUACUAUUAUUAGCAGAUUGUGGUUCACUCAUUCAGUUGCCGAACCAUAUGGGAAAACUUGUCAACUUGCGUCGCCUUGAUAUUAGCAGGACACGGAGCCUCAAAGAGAUGCCACUACAAAUGAGCAAAUUGCCUUUCAGAACUUGGGAGCUUCGGCAACUUAGAGGCAGUCUAGCUAUUUUCAAUCUUCAAAAUGUUGUCGAUCCUAGAGAAGCUUUGGAGGCAAAAUUUAAAGACAAAGAGUACCUCACCGAGUUGAUAUUGAAAUGGAGUGGUCAUACUCUUGAUACAUCUACUGAAAGAGAUGUACUGAGCAUGCUUCAGCCUCAUACAAACUUGGAAAAGCUAUCCAUUGAAUCUUAUGGUGGCACAAAAUUUCCUGAUUGGUUAGGGGAUUGCUCAUUCUCAAACAUAUCAUCUUUGCAGCUUAGCCAUUGUAAAUACUGUUUCUUCUUGCCACCACUUGGGCAACUACUAUCCCUCAAAGAGCUCUUUAUCAUUGGAUUUGAUGCUGUUGAGAGGGUCGGAGUUGAGUUCUACAGAAACGGAUUAUCUACGGUCAAGCCCUUUAGGCGGCUUGAAAUUUUAUGGUUUGAGAGGAUGUCGGAGUGGAAGGAAUGGCUUUUCUUUGAAAAAGACGCUGAAGGACAUUUUCCAUGUCUUCAAGAGCUUCAUAUACAGAAAUGUCCCAAGUUAAGUGGGGCUCUUCCGGACUACCUUCCUUCAUUGAGAAAAUUAAUGAUCAUUGAUUGUCAGCAACUCAUGGUUUCACUUCCGCAGACUCCAACCAUCUACGAAUUGCACUUAGGCUAUUCAGAUAAGGUGUUUUUGAAGCAUAUUCUGCCUGGACUGCACAAGUUUACAGUCAGAGGAUUCUCCACGCUUGAAUCUCUACCUACAGGGAUAAUGCAUUCCCUUUGUUUACAAGUGCUGACAAUCUGUGAUUGCCCAUCUCUUUCGUCGCUUCAAGAUGUUAUGCUGUCCACUUUGAGAAGACUUGAUAUCAUGAGGUGCAAGAGACUAGAAUUGCCUAUGUGGUCAAGUUAUGCUUCCCUGCAAACAUUGUGGAUGUCCUUUAGCUGCUUUUCUCUAAAGUCCUUUCAGCUACAAUCAUUCCCCAAACUUAAUCAUCUCCGAAUAAGAGGAUGUAAUUUAAAUUCUCUUUCAGUUUCAGAGGGCCAUUAUCAGGUUCUUCCAUCUCUCAACUCCCUCAGAAUCAGUUUAUGCCCAAAAUUUGAGUCAUUUCCAGUUGGUGGAUUGCAUGCUCCUAAUCUCACAGUCCUCGAAGUUUCCGACAGUAUGGAACUAAAAUCACUGCCUGAAAAUAUGCACUCCCUUCUUCCGUCGCUGAACUCGUUGAAGAUACGCAACUGUCCAGAACUUGAGUUAUUUCCUGAAGGUGGGUUGCCUUCGAAUUUGAACUCAUUCUCUGUCUCGUUUUGUGAAAAGUUUACUGCAAGCUUCAAGCACUGGGAUUUGCGGAGGCUUGGCUCCCUUAAAUACUUUAGCAUCAGGGGAAAAUGUGAAGGUGUUGAUUCUUUUCCAGGUGAAGGUUUUCUGCCUUCAACACUAACAUUUCUUUACAUUGCUGAAACUCCCAACUUUAGAUCACUCAACAACAAAGCACUCCAACAUCUCAGCUCCCUUAAAACUCUCAAAAUUCGAAGAUGCCCGAACCUUCAAUCUAUGUCCGGUCCUGAGCUCCCAGAAGCCCUCUCUGUUUUAACAAUUAAGGACUGUCCUUUGUUGAAGGCAAGGUUGCUGAAAAACAAAGGGGAAGAUUGGCCCAAAGUUGCUUUUGUCCCCAUAGUUGAAAUUGAUGAUGCGGUUAUAUGAGCUUAACACAUCAAUUCCGCAAAAGUUCCAUCAUGGUUGUAACUUGCAAACUGCAAUUUGCCAACUAUUCUGCAUGUUCAACAAUCAACCUCAGAAACCAGUUCUUUUCCCAAACUGGUAUUGAAUCUUGGUGUAGUUGCCUCAAUUUCUUGAUUUGUUUUGUCUGGUGCUACACAUGAAUUGGAUUCUUAACAUAUUUUGUUAUAAAUAUGUUUAAAAUAAGAUAUAUU